UUUUUUGUGUGAAUUUGAUUUCAAUUUUCACGUGGAAUAGAUUUGAUUUGAUCGUUUCAUCCUUCUCUUUUCAAUAGUCUUCUGGAAUAUAUGUUUGGUUUUUCUUUUUCAUUUUUUUUUCAGUCUUUGAAGUUAAUGUCAUGAAAUUUAUGCGGAAAUUGUUCUAAUGAUCGAUGCUGUAAGUGGGUAUAUUGAGAAAUUUGCUGUUACGUUUGAUGCAUAUCUCUUUCAUUGGUUAAUCUUCUUCUUCCCACAACCCCAGAUUCUUUUGGUUUUCCUUUUCCUGAACUGCUAGUUUUUGAACCGUAAAAUGGAUUUGGGGAAGAAGCAUUUUCCCAAAUAAACAAAAGGGGAUAGGUGAAAUUUAUUGAAAACAAGGGUAGGGUUGGCUGGGUUGGUGUGUUGUGGUCAUUCCUUGCGUCUCUCUGGGAGAAUUUGUUUCGUGCGAAACGGUACUACUCAUUUCGGGUAUGUUUGGUUCUUGGAAUGUUUGUGGGAAAAUGCUAGGGUAAGAAAAUAGAGAGGAAAAGAAGGGGGAAGAAAAAUUGAAGAAAAAUAAAAAAAUAAAUUUAAAGUUAAUUAAUUAUUUUUAUAUACUAUUUUAAAGUUAUUUAAGAUUAAAUAAUUUAAAAAUAUAUAAAUUUUUUUAUUAGUUUUAAUUAUAGUUGACUUUUUUUUUUGUAAUUUUUAUGGUAGAGUCAAACUUAAAAAAAUAAUUUUUCUUAGUAUUUUUUUUAUUUCUUUAGUACUUUAUGGAACCAAACAUAGCUUUCGAAGAUACAUGACUCUUAAUCUAUCAAGGUUUGUAAUGUGAGUAUGAAGUUGUUUGGUUUGGUCCAAAGAGAUGAGAGUAAUGCCUUCUCCAUUAGCAUUUUUCAUUAUGAGUUUCCAAGAGGGUGAAGGGGGAUUCCAUAUUUUGUUCCAUGUCAACCAUCCAGGGGGGGUGAAGGAAAUAAUUGCCCGAGGACAAUGAGGUACUAAUAGCUGUAGCGUGCUUCUUUCCGUGAAUAUGAAAGCAAGCUAAUCAAUUUUGUGUUUCCAAGAUAGGUGUCUUGGUAUGUUUUUGGAAGAGACUGCUUUUAUGAGGAUUGAUAAGAUUACUAUAUUUGGGUAUUGAGAUGAUUAUGGAGUACAAUCCACCCAGGUGAUAAAGUAGGUGAUUUUGCUACCAAGAUUUGUUUAUAGACAUACUUUCCAAGCUUGAAAACAAUGGGGUCUGUUUGGGAAUUGGGAAUGUUCUCAACCUGUUUUCUAUAUUUUCAAAUAUUUGUAAAAAGUAAUUUUUAUUUGUAGUGCUUUAUUUUCAAUCAUUCUCCUUAUUUGUAUGGAACCAUUUUUUCGAAACAAACUCUCAAAAAACUGUUUUCCCAAAUGUGUUUUCAAGUAUGGAAAAAACAGGUUUUAUGUUUUUUGUAUUUUUUUAAUUGAUGUGUUUGUACUUUUUGUUGUGGGAUGAGUGCUUUAAACCUGUUUUGAAAAUUUCACACCCUUAAUUGAGGCAUAUAGAGUAUAAAUUAUUUUAAAAAAUUUUUAAUUUAUUUUUCUCCUGUUCCAUCAUCCAUGCAAAGAGGAAGGAACAUGAUCAUAGAGAAAAAAAACAGAGAAAGGUAUGAAGAAUAAACUUGAACUGGAGCAAAGCCAACAAGGGAUUCAUGAUUAGUGGAUUAGUUAAACUAAGAAAGCAAAGGGCAUCAGUGGCAAGAAUCAAGGGCAUGCUGACCCGAGCCCCUACUUCUAGAGGGAAGAGCCCAGGAGAAGAAGGAAUUGGAGAUUAAACAUGGAUUCUUGAUUAAAGCACUCGAGAUUUUUUUAUUCCUGAUAGGCAGCAGAAAUUAUAUUAACACUUUAACAGUGUCUAGCAAAUGGGCACAUUGAAGUACACAAGGGCAUAUACAAAGGGCACCAUAGGGCUUAUGCAAAUAGCUGUAGUACACUCACGAUCUACAACCACUCUUACUUUCCCAAUUUCAUUGAAAGAACUCAACUGUCUCGAAGUCUUGGUUGAAAGAACUAAUGCCAACUUCUUACACCCUUCAUGAUGGUUAGCCUCCCCGUCUGAGCCCAAGCUGAGUGAACUCUAGUCCCUUGUCUUACUCACUUGAUAACCUUAGCUGCAAUCCCAACAGUUGUAGCUUGCUGCUCAUAUGUUGUGAGCAAGGUCUCCCUCAUAUUUGAGUUGUCGUUCUCCAUUUUGUAUCUGCAUGUACCUUUAUGUUUUUCCACAAUUCUAGUUAUUUACCUGCCCCUUUCAGAAAUUCACAGAAAAACAACUGCAUUUUGUUUUAUUUCUGAAAUAUAACUGGAAAUUUAUGUGCAAAAAUGCAAGUGUCUGGCUUUGGAUUCCUCUUUGUGCAAUAAAAAUAUCUGCUGACACUUAGAUAUAUAGCUGGAAAUUUCCUUUUUGGCUCACCUAUUGGCAAAAAUGAUCUCUAAUCUGUUCUGAGCCCUAAAUAAGUGAAUUAUCAAAUUUAUGCAGCUUCCCAAUAGCCUGGAGUUCCCAAUAGUCUUCAAGAGAAAGUGUAUUAUCAUUUUUAAGUAAUAUUUGAACCAGUCCAACGUCAUUUUUUUUUCACUUCCUUGAUUUGACAACUGCCAGGCAUUCAUUUAUUAAACAAAAAAAAAAGUUUGAAUAAUAUUUCUUGAAAAUGCAAAAGUUAAUGUUUUUUAGUAAAUGCUGCCUGUUUAACAUAAAUACCAUGAUAUUAGUAUUUUAACUUUCUUAAUUUUCAAUUUAUUUUAUAAAUAAUAAAACUCAUAAAUUAUUUUCUUUUCAUAUUUUGUGUUGCAUGCUCAUUUGCAUGCAUCUGGCAGCUACUUCCAUAAUAAACUCUCUCUCUUCUCAAACCUUCCUCUCAAUCUACUCUCUCUCUGCUCUCAGGUAUGCCAUUGUUAAAACUAUCUUCUGAAAAAAUAAUUAUUGUCAAUCCUUGAAAAGUUUGAGUUUCUUCAAAAAAAAAUUCUUAUAGCUUCGGGUUUUAAUUAGGGUUUCUGAAUUGGGACUAGGUCAUCAGUUGCUGUUUUCUUUUAGUGCUAGGUAUUUUUCUUAGGGUUUCUGAAAUUGGAUUUUGGGAUUUAAUUAGAAAUUGGUUUCUUACAACUCAGGGUUUUGAUUUAGAGGUGAACUGAGGAACUGCCAACUUAAUUAGGGAUUCAUUUAAAGACCCACUUGAAACUAGGGAACUGCUGUCAAGUGUGCAACAGCAAUUCUUAGGAUUGGAUUUGAUUUGAUUUUGGGCUAUAAUAUCCUGUGUACCAGUCACUUGUGUUCAUGACUUAUUCAGAUUUUGAUGCAUAUGGUCAAAUAUGCUAAAUGCCAUAUGGCCUUAAACUUUUUAGUUUAUACUUAGUGUAUAUGCAUUUGAUUGGUGGUUUUUCUGUUAUGUUCUGUGAAAAAUACACAAUUGCUUGUCCCUGUUAAUGAAUUCCAGCCAUUACUCUAUUAAGCCAACAAUGAAUGUUUUAUGAGCCUUCAUCCAGUUACUGGCCAAUUAUCAUAUUUGUAUAUAUUUAUUUUUGUUUUUUCUUGGAUAUCUGUUCAGAAUCUGGCAACCUAAUAGUAAGAGAUGGAGAUCUUACUCUUGAGUAGAAAAGAAUGGAACAAAAAACUUGAAAAUCUACAUGCACAGGCGCAAUAUGCACUAUUUCCUAUUCCUUUGUCUCAAAUCCGUUGUUGUCAUAUUCCAUAGGAACAUCAAGUAUAUGGCAUACACAUUUUGAUACAUCUUUGUUGUGUGUUCUACUUGACUUCUGCGGGGGCUGCUCCACUGGUUAUACUUUGGUCUGAAAGUUUCUGCUCUAUUUAGCCUUGUAGCAGUACUUUGACGACGUUGUUGUGAAAGAAUGGUCUAGAAGACAGUGUAUAUGUUCUCAUUUCUGCACAUGGCAAGUUUUACAAUGAAGAUACAUUGCUUCCAAAGGAAUUUCUCUUUUUCUUCAUCUGCUCUGGUCCCUGUACAGCUUCCAUCUCGAAUGGAAACCCACUUUUGGUACAUUUUACCUGAUGAAGUGAAGAGUGCAACCCUCUUGAAUCAAUAUUUGGACAUUUUAUCACCGUGUGAGAAAGAAAAUGUUCUUCGAAUGCAUGGAGACAAUCUUAAAAAGAGUGCACUGCUAGCCCGUGCAUUGGUUCGCACUACCAUUGCAAGAUAUCAGAUUAAUUCUCAAGUUAGUCCAACAUCCUUGAAGUUUAGGAAAAACAUCUACGGGAAGCCUGAGGUAGAUUGGCAAAAUCAUUAUGAUCGGAACCCACCACCAUUGCAUUUCAACAUCUCACACACUUCUUCUUUGAUAGCCUGUGGAGUGACUCUGGAUUCACCGAUUGGUAUUGAUGUGGAGGAAAAGCAGCGGACUACAAAGAACAAUAUAUUGUCGUUUGCUCGUCGGUACUUCUCCCCCCAUGAAGUGGAAUCCUUAUCUAUUAUUUCAGACCCUGAAAUUCAGCGGCUGGAAUUUUUAAAAUUAUGGACACUCAAGGAGGCAUACGUCAAAGCAUUGGGAAGGGGCUUCUCGGCUGCACCUUUCAAAAAUUUCACUAUCCGGUUUAGAGCUGCUACUAAAGGACACUUGCAUCUUUCUGGGAAUUCCAAUUCCAAGGCAUCCGAAAUAAUCGUCGAAUCAUCGGAUGACCCCAAGACCCUCACAAGCAAUUGGCAGUUUGCACUCCUGGAAUUAACUGGUUCUCAUUAUGCUGCCAUUUGCAAGGAGAAGGAUGAUGACACGGUUGAAGGAAAAGGGAGUGUGCCGAUGAAAUUGACGGUGCGGAAGACCAUUCCGUUUGUUGAAGAUCAAUGUAUUUCUGGAAAGGAUGCCCUUGUUCUAGUUGGCGGAUUGUAAUAUUAUUGAACAUCCUCCUUCCAAUCCCACCCCAGACCAAAAAAAAAAAAAAGCUUUUGGGGAAUAAUAAAAACAAUUAACAAUUUAAG